AACCCCAAGAAACAAACACAAGAGUGAAUCAGAGCGGAAGCGCAGAAACGACGGCAGAGCAGUAGAAGAAGAAGAAGAAGAAGAAGAAGAAGAAGAGUGAAUUUGCAUUCCGCAAUGGACGAAGAAGAGAUAUGGAAAUGUCAAAAGCAUCCAUCGAAGCGACGAAGCACCGGAAUCUGCCCUCUCUGCCUCAGAGAUCGUCUCCUUCAGCUCUGCCCCCACUGCGCUAACUUGCGCCCUUGCGCGUGCUGUACUUCUUCUUCUUCCUCAUCGUCUUCAUCCUUUUCUUUCUCUUCCUCCAUGGACGCACCAAAGUCCGGAGCUGGGAUCGGAGCCGUCGGACGCGUUUCAAAUCUCAUCGACAGCGAACCUGCUUUCCGACGUUCCAGAUCCAACACCUUCACCUUCAUCCGACGAAGACCUUCCGAUAAAGAAGCCGUAGCACCGCCCACUCCUGACCUGAGUCGUAGCAGAUCGUCAUUAUGGUCUAUGUUUAAGCCUUCGAGCAAGACUAAGAAAGCAGAGGAAGAAAAGGAAGAAAAACUGCAGACGGAGAAGGUGAAGAUGAGAAGAUCGAAAUCGGUAGGAAUUUCUUCUUUCUCUGAAUCUACAGCCGUCGAUAGCAAAUUGAAGGGAAAGAGUUGGUACUUUCCGAGUCCGAUGAAGGUUUUCCGACAGCCGAAGACGACUAAGGUCGUUCAAGAACUGUCUCCCAUGUACAGAGGUUGAUCUAUACAUCUCUAGGCUUUUUCUCUCCCUCUCUCUCUCUUUCAAUAUAGAAUUUUGUUGAGUAUUAUAUAAAUUGUUAUAAAUACUAUUGAAGUUAAAGUUACUAAGAAGAGAAACUCCGUACUUUGUAAACAUUUCUGAAAACUACUUCAUCGUCAAUGUAAUGAUCUUCAGUUUUCA